UGAAGACGCGGAAGGCCCAGACGUCACAAUGCGCUUCCCUCGACUCCCAAGCCGCCGCCCUUAAGAACUGCAGUUCCCAGAAUCCCUUGGAGGCGGCUCGAGGGCGGAGCUUCCGCUGCGGUUGCGGCUGCCUCGCGGGCGGACUCUUCUUCUCCACCCGGCGCCGCUUCGCUUAGCAGGGAAUGUGAGGGCUCGUUCCGGCAGCCUACAACCCCCGGCAUGCCUCGCGCGGGCUCGGGCAAGCGUUUCCGGUUGGAGCCGCCGGCUGGUCGUAAACAUCCAGAUUCUGCUUGGAGUUCAGAUUGGGGCCUCACGGAAUCGAGCCACCCCGACGCCAUGUCUCUCUCGGAGUGCUACAUUGCGGUGAAGCUAGCCGACCAGCCCCUGGCCCCUAAAUCCAUCCUGCGGCUGCCGGAAAGCGAGCUGGGCGAGUGCCCGCUGGGGGGUUGCAGCAUCUCGUACCUGAAACAGCUCAUUACGGGAAAGCUGCAGGAGUCGGUCCCUGACCCGGAGUUCAUUGAUCUGAUCUAUUGUGGCCGUAAACUGCGGGAUGAACAAACACUCGAAUUCUAUGGCAUUCAGUCUGGCUCCACCAUCCACGUCCUCCGAAAGUCCUGGCCUGAACCUGAACAAAAACCAGAGCCGGUGGAUAAAGUGGCUGCUGUGCGGGAGUUCCGCGUUUUACACACUGCUUUGCACAGCAGUCCCGUCUUCAGGGAUUCGGUCUUCAAGAUGCUGGGGAAUAAGGAAUCUCUGGAUCAGAUCAUCGUUGCAACCCCUGGCCUCAGCAGUGAUCCCAUCGCUUUGGGUGUCUUGCAAGAUAAAGACCUGUUCUCUGUUUUUGCUGACCCAGCCAUGUUGGACACGUAAGUUUGCUACAGGUGC